UUGUUCGGUCUGCCGUAGCUUUAGAGGGGACGAGCAGUUAGCCAGGGUACCAACUGCUGUUGUGUUUCUUGUUGCCCCCGGUGUCGUCUGUCGGUUUUUUUAAGUAUGAACAGGGGUGAUUUUACAGCAGGUCGGGGGAGAAAACCAGCGGUUCCCGAUAAAGUCGACAUGUCACUAGAUGACAUCAUUCGGUUGAACAAAAAAGAGCAACAGUUAAAAAGAAGACAGGCCACCAUGAACCGCCGACCAGUGAAGAAGAAAGGCCUGUUAACCCAGGGGAAGGGAGUUUCGUCGAGGACUGGUGGACCAGUCCAAAGAGGAGGUGGCGUGUCCCGAGGAGGAGCAUCCAAAUUAAGAAACAGAAGGGUCCCUCCCCUCCCGGGUCGACGGCGGGGUCAGGGGGUUAUCACUGGGCUGGCAGCCAGGAGGCCAGCUGCCCUGCUCAAACGAGUCGGCACACUCAACAGAGCAGCAAUCAACCAGAAAAUGAGACAGAGAACAAGGCCGUUCAUUCAACGCACUGAAACCCAGUACAGGAAGCCAGAGGUCCAGAGGCGGCCGUACAGGCAGCCCGAUUUACAGAGAACCCAGAACGCACCAGCAGUCAGGAGACCAUUUCAGCUGCGACGGCGGCCGCUGCCGCCUGUCCAGCAGACUCAGAGGGAAGCGCGCCAGGCCACAUUUCUUUUCCGCAGAGGACUCAAAGUACAAGCCCAGGUGCAAAAACCAAUUCCUCGUGCUCCUCCAGUCAGAACUCGCCAGUGGCGUACAUCAACAACCAACAAUGGAAUCUUGACUGUUUCAAUUGACAACCCCACAGCCAGGACCCAGCCGGAGCCUCCCACCGCUUGGACCUUGCAUCCCCCAACUGCCAGCUCUGCUUCUGUCAAGGUGGAAACUGUGGAGAAGAAAAUACCAAAAGGAGUGCCUCUCCAAUUUGACAUCAACAGUGUUGGGAAACCGCAGACAUCGAUGACCUUGAAUGAGCGAUUCCGUAUCCUAAAAGAUCAGCGCACCGCCACAGCACAGAGUGGCAAAGGCAGCCGAUUCGUUACGGUGGGUUAGACGGCAAGAAGAGGGUGACUAAUAAUACUCUGAAGCCCUUUUUUUGUCCUGCCCAGACCUGCGCAGUGAACCCCACCCUUCUAUGGAUGGAUGGUACGUGCUGACCCACUAAUUGACUUUACUAACAGGAGGGAGAGCAACUGUGGGACAAAUGAGUACAGAGUGCACAAUUGCUCUACUGUGAGAACUCAAGUGUGCAAGUGUCACUGGAAGAGUUUGUUUUAAAUCAGUUCCCAUUCUCUGUUCAUAUCAUUGUACUCAGCUGUGUGUGUUGUGGAUGUCCAAUACCGGGAUAGAGUCAUUUUAUCCUCUUUGGACAUGGAACUGUUGACACUAUUUUGAAGACUGCUUGAAAGUAUUUCUUUUCAGAGAAGAUUGCUAUGUAUUUGCUAUGGAGGCAUGUAUGUCCUGAGUACCUUUUUUGACAUUUUUGAGAAUUGUUUUGUAAUGUUUAUUCAAAUAAAUGAGUUUCUCUUGUAAAAAAAAAAAAAAAGUGUAUAUUUACUGUAGCUUGAGAUUAGUUUGUUUCAAACUGCUGUCUUCUCUUGUCAUCAAACAGUACCAUCAAGCUGUGAAACAUAUUCUUUGAAUCUGUAAAUUGCAUCCCGGUGUGGCUGUCGGGUUUAUGAACAGGAGAAAGAGGAAACAUGUGAUGCUUUAUCAAGAACACUCUGAGCUUCCACAAGUUCAUCUUUUUCAGGUGGUUUCCCAGUGAACAGUAAAAGGUUUCAAAUGUCCGUACAACUAUUAGAUUUGACAAAAAACAGACACACUUUGGAAUCUGAAUAUUGCUUUUAUUUAAAUACAUUAAAAUUUGCAAUGUAACAAAACUAUUGGCAUAUGAAAUUCAAACACCAUUUAAAUGAACAAAACAUGGCUCACUUCAUUUUCUGUGACUAGUGUCAGUAACACUAGGUUAUUUUUCUCUCUGCCGCCGCCAACACUCUGCUCGACAUCGUUUCCCCCCCCCCCCCUCACCCCCAUUUACACUGUUCACAGACUAUCUUACAAUAAGAGUGCUGAAUAAAAAUGAGGUAAGAAAGUGGUUUGAAGAUUACAGAUCAUGCAGAACAUGCUGAACAGCAACAAAAUAUUUUGUGAUGGAGGAAGUAACAAAAAAAAAAAAACAAAAACAUGAGUGUGCAUUUAAAAGUAAUCAAUUUACACAGCUUUGCAUCUUUGGUUACAAAGUAGGUUGAAUGAUUUCACAGCUUUUCCCCCCCUGGCCCCCUCAGGAAAAACAUUGGAGAAAAAAAAACAUGAAGUAAGGAAG